CCUACUACCUUUUCUAUUCCGCUGUUCUCCCUAUGAUAUUUGCUUUGCAAGGUCCGGAACAGAUCCACAUGUCGUAUGGCUACGAGCCAAACGAGAUGGUCUUCAUGUGGUCUACUGAUGAAAGUUCCUCGUCUGUUGUCCAUUACAGCCCUGCAAACGAUUCUACACAAAUAAAAAGGCAAGAGGGAGAGUCCUGGCGAUUUACCUAUGGAAAUCCAGAUGGGCUGCAGUAUAUGCAUCGAGUUCGUCUAACUGAUCUUGAUCCUGGUCAGGAGUACAUCUACCGUGUGGAAAGUAAUGGGCAGUUCAGCCAGUAUUACACAUUUACUGCCAUGAGAACUGACAAGGAUUGGGCUCCACAGUUUAUUAUGUAUGGAGAUAUGGGACGUCACUGUGGAGCUCCAAUUUUACCUCGUCUACAGAUUGAAGUAAAAGACCCAGAAAACGCAGCAAUAAUUCAUGUUGGAGAUAUUGCUUAUAAUUUGGAAUCAGAUGGAGGAAAAAAUGGUGAUGCAUUUAUGAACAGGAUACAGAAUCUUGCUGCAUUCAUUCCAUACAUGACAGCUGUAGGCAACCAUGAUAUGCAUUGUAAUGCCAGCCAUUAUCAAAACCGAUUUACAAUGCCUACAGAUGGUAAUCCCUUUUGGUACAGCUUUGAUAUCUCUGUGAUACACUUCAUUAGUUAUUCAACAGAAGUUUAUUAUUCUAAGGGAGCAACCGAACAGCUAGCAUGGCUAAAAGAAGACCUUGCCAAGGCCAACAAAAACCGUGACAAGCAACCUUGGGUCAUUGCGUAUGGCCAUCGGCCAAUGUAUUGCUCCAACGUUGACCACGAUGACUGCACAACUCCAAAGAGUAUAAUUCGAGCUCAUUUGGAAACCCUGUUUUACGAGAAUGGUGUCGAUGUCAUUAUUCAAGGCCACGAACAUUCAUAUGAACGACUAUGGCCUGUAUACAAUGAAACAGUAACGGGAAAAAACUACAUUAAUCCCAGAGCUCCGGUGCACAUCAUUUCUGGAGCAGCUGGAUGCAAUGAAAUUUUGGGAAUUUGUUUGGAUCCAAUCCUGGGACCUAAAGGUCCGGAACAGAUCCACAUGUCGUAUGGCUACGCGCCGAACGAGAUGGUCUUCAUGUGGUCUACUGAUGAAAGUUCCUCGUCUGUUGUCCACUACAGCCCUGCAAACGAUUCUACACAACUAAAUCGGCAAGAGGGAGAGUCCUGGCGAUUUACCUAUGGAAAUCCAAAAGGACUGCAAUACAUGCAUCGAGUUAAUCUAACAGAUCUUGAUCCUGGUAAGAAGUAUAUCUACUGUGUGGAAAGUAAUGGACAGUUCAGUCAAUAUUACACAUUUACUGCCAUGAGAACUGACAAGGACUGGACUCCACAGUUUAUUAUGUAUGGAGAUAUGGGACGUCACUGUGGAGCUCCAAUUUUACCUCGUCUAAAAAUAGAGGCGAAAGACCCAGAAAACACAGCAAUAAUUCAUGUUGGAGAUAUUGCUUAUGAUUUGCACUCAGAUGGAGGAAAAAAUGGUGAUGCAUUUAUGAACAGGAUUCAAGAUCUUGCUGCGUUCAUUCCAUACAUGACAGCUGUAGGCAACCGUGAUUCGGACUACAAUGCCAGCCAUUAUCGAAAUCGAUUUUCAAUGCCUACGUAUGGUAAUCCUUUCUGGUACAGCUUUGAUAUCUCCAUGAUACACUUCGUUUGUUAUUCAACGGAAGUUUAUUUUACUUUAUCUGAAGGGGCAUCCGAACAGCUAGCAUGGCUAAAAGAAGACCUUGCCAAGGCCAACAAAAAUCGUGACAAGCAACCUUGGGUCAUUGCAUAUGGCCAUCGGCCAAUGUACUGCUCCAACCUUGACCACAAUGACUGCACAACUCCAAAGAGUAUAAUACGAGCUCAUUUGGAAACCCUGUUCUAUGAGAAUGGUGUCGAUGUCAUUAUUCAAGGCCACGAACAUUCAUAUGAACGACUAUGGCCUGUAUACAAUGAAACAGUAACGGCAAAAAACUACAUUAAUCCCAGAGCUCCGGUGCACAUUAUUUCUGGAGCAGCUGGAUGCAAUGAAUAUUUUGGAAUUUGUGUAAAUCCAAUGCUGGGACCUAAAGGUCCUUGGUCUGCCUUUCGCUCAUGGUUGCCUGGUCUUUAUGGUUAUGGUCUCUUGAAAGCUCAAAAUGCAACUCAUUUACACUGGAAACAGAUGGUAGCGUUAGAAAGGAAGCAAGAAGAUGCAAUUUGGAUAGUGCAGAAAAACCACGGUCCAUUCAACAGUAAUGGCGUAUAUAUAUAAUCAUGGGCAAAUGACAUUUGGCUUGGUAGAAGAAGUGUUGGAUUUGCUUUCUGGUGAAUGAGUUGUAGUGGAGUAUGUGUUCAUUCAAAAAAAUAAAUUAAUGCUGGCAGUCGUAGAAAUACGUAGCUAAGAAGUCAAGUGCAACAUAUAUUUUAGUUUUAGAAAAAUAGCUAGAUUACUUGAUUAAUUGUAGGUAUUCUAUAGAGCUAAUACAGUCUAUAUGAUAAUACAAUUGUGCUUUUAAUUAAUUAAUUAGACCAACUUUAUUGAUACCAAGUUUAUAAUUGGUUAGAAUUACAAAUCUAUUACUCUAACAUUCUGGAAGAACACAUUGUCAUUGCUUUAUUGUGUUAGUUUACAUUCAUCUGAGAGUUUAUUUUCAGUCGAUCAUGCUGUAGGUUGAGCUUUGAAUUCUUUUUGUGCACUUGGUUAUUUGGCACAGACCUAGGUGAGUUUGUUUCUUUGUUGGCCAUGCAAUUUCUAAUACAUUCAUGAUAUUUCUAAAUAAAUUUUGAAAUUGAAAUAGGUGGUUUUCUACUUGGAGACGUCUGAUUACUGGGCAUGCGUAGACUGUUUACUGUCUGGCCUGUAAAAUGGAAUUACGGAAGUACGUGCAGAAGCUCUACAGUGUGUAUGCCGUAGUUUAUUGAUUGGCCGCGACGGUUAGAUGCAUGCAACAAGGUCUGAUCUACAGACCAUGCAGCUAGCUUUUACUACUCGACUGUGUUUGCAAGAAACUAGUCUAGAGCAGGUCAGAACUGCAGAGUA